AUGGACUACUUAGAUGGACUACUGAACCAGCUCUGCCCCUUCCCUUCGGAGGAACAAAGAGUAAGAAUCGUAAAUCUCGGGAAUCAACUCCGUGAUGCACGCCGAGAAACUGGUGGUUUCGUAGAUGAGUGGAUCUUCGACCAAGCUCUUUUUGAAAUAAUGGUGGCCCUACAGGGAUCACGACGAGGAACGCGUACAUGGAGACAUCAACUACUCCAGGCAGGGUUUUUCCUGGAGCGUGUGCCGCUACCACUACAACAGGCGGCUUUCAAAGAUGCUGCCAAAGAGCUGAGGGCUAUCAGUCUUCCCACCUCCAGACCCAAAAAUCUCCAUCACAACAGCCUCAGCGACAUUUUCCCUCAAACCCUUUUCUCUUUUACACCUUUUUAA